CGUGGGGGAAGACUGUAAACAGCGCCAUGCACGCAGCGACGUCGGAGUCUAGGGGAGAGCUGCAUGAAGAGAGGGAGAGAUAGACAAAGAGGGAUAAAGAAAUUAAGUUGGAGAUCGUAGGAAGUGUGUGACAGUCAUAGGAGGAACCUGAAUGUGUAACAUCCGCAAGUGACAUCCUCCCGUCUCUCCCCUAGUACUCUCGUGCACGUAGACACACUUAGCUCAACAUAUCCACCACCAGCCACUCCGUGCCUACUGUAGUUGUGGUGUCCUUAAAGGUUGUCACUCCCAUAACCAAAGAAAAACCUACGUUUAAGUAAGCUGACCACUUGGCAUUCAAGACAAAGCAGUAUUAUCUUAGCUCUAAGCUCUCAGCUCUCACCACAAGUUAGUAUUCACCUACAUAAGGCAAUUCAAACAGUCAGUCAGUCAUUUAACCUAGCAGUUCAUUUUACAGUAGCUUACCAACAUCGCAAGAUAUUGUCAGUGGCACCUACAGAUAGACAUUCUUUGGAAGUUCCCAGACAUUAUAAUUCUGUUGCAUAGGACACCAUACACUGUGAGUCACCAGCCGACCAAUUAAACAUUGCCACACAUUCCUUUAAAGCCCUCACCACUGACAGAACGAGUGAACACCUCAGAGCCACUGGCUGCCUCUCACGUCCACCAUGGCCUCUAUGACCCAAUGCUCCAACCCCGAGAUCCCCGACAAUCACAAGGAGAGCUGGCUGGCGCUCCUGGCUGCAGCAGAGGCCUACAGCCAGAAGUCGGGCUGCGACCUAGCCAUCCUGACCGCCUACAAGAAGUUCCACCCGAGUGUGGUGGAGGGGGACGGCACCAGGAAGCUGGGCACUGGAGGCCUGGCCCCGACCAGCAGGAGGUGGGACUUCUCCUACCACGUGUGGGGUCAGGGUGCACUGGCCGAGGCCUCGCGGCGGUACAUGGACGACAUUGCCGUGCUGCACUCCACCUCGCUGCUGACGGCGCAGCGGCACACGCAUCUGUCCGCUGGAGACAGCAGGGCAAAACUGGGUGUGGACAUCUCUGACACAGGAUCAAGAACGACUGGGGACAGCGGCGUGGGAACAGUCAGCCCCAACACACGGCUCUAUUCGCAGAGCUACCCGUCAAUCUACAGCUCGGGAGCCGUCGUUGGUCAGACUGGGCCUCAGCAUGGAAAUGGAGAGAGGGAGAGAGAGAGGGUGGGACUGGAGGAGGCAGAAAGAGAAAGAGAGAUAGCCGGAAUUGUGGACCUGGAGGAAGAGGGGGAGGAGGAUGAGGAAGAAGAUGACAUGGAAGGAAGGGGACGGAAUUUGAACGAAUCUGCAGGAGUGUUCUCCAUGGAUGAGGAUUCUCUGUCCAGGGAUUGUGAGCCAUUCUUUGAGUCAGAUGGUGAGGAGGAAAGCACUGAUGGGUCUCUAAGUGAAGAGGCGCCCCCUCCCUCCCGGUGCAUGCCUGUGGGCCACGGCCUGAUGGCGUCUCGGCCCCCUCCCCACCCCAUGGCUCUGGCCCGCUCGCUCCCAGUCUCGGUGCCUGUGUGGGGCUGCAGGGGCAGCAGGGCAGCCCCAGGGGAGAACCACAGCGGUGAACGAGCUGGUUGUGCUGACCUAGACCAUAUUGCUGCCAGUAUGAAGGCACUACUGGCUCCAGGGGCAACCGACGGCACAGAGAUGUUUGGAGCACUGCCCCGUCCUCGCCUCAACACUGGCGACUUCUCUCUCAAACACUGAGAAACCCAGUGGUUGUGUGUGUGUGUGUGUGUGUGUCUGUGUGUCUGUGUCUGAGUGUGUGUGAGAUGAUGAUGGAUAGAUGAGAGAGAGAGAGAGAGCGAGAAAGCAAGUGUGACUGGACAAGAGCAAUGCACGGAGGUUUGUGUUUAUGGGAGUGGAGAAGAAUGAGCGAGUGUUUUUAAAGAGCGAUGUCAGGAGUUUAAAGAGGAGAAGGAAGAGAUAAGACAAGACAAGACAGGCUGAAAAUAUGAAAUUAGUGCUUACUGGUGGACGAUGCCACCUGGAUGGAGAGGUGGGAAGCUGUGACAUACUUAAACCACAUAAACACUAACCAAGAGAACAUACACCAGUAUACCACUAACUAAACACUGCAGGCCCCUGCAUGCAGGCUAUGACACUAAUGUGACCGCUCACACACUACACACUGUGACAAAAAAAAGAAGAAAAAAAAAAAACACAAACCGACGCUGCAUUAAUGCAACACUAACCACCAUGAUACACGGCCUAGGCCUAGAGGCAAAGCGCGGGGCUUUAUGUAUGGUGCUGCACGAAACACAUUUGAAUUCUCACACCAGCACGCACAUGAACACACAUCCACACACACACACACACACACACACAGACACACACAUAUGCGCACAGACACACACACAUGUUUAAAAGAUUUGUGUUUUGACGUGACGCAGACAAUACAGAUUGUGGAUCAGUGCUUUUUUUUCAGUGGCUGAGCUCCAUUUCGGAAACCAAGAGAGAAGGGCUUUGCUGACCCACAUAGUUCAAGGGUAAAUCAAAAUGUGAUUGUAGGCUGCUCCCCCUCAAAGGAGCUUUUUGAUAUUUAAAAAGCUGAGGCCUGGCCCAGGGAUACAAAGCAGCUUUGUUAACAUAAUUUUUAACCGAGUGAUUGACCAGCACAGUUAGUUAGCAGACAGAAUUGUAUGAUUCUGUGACAUAAAAAAGCAAUGAUAAUUUGUAAUUAUAAUAAAACCAUGACUAUAAAAGAUUUCGGUGGACAUUGGUGAUUAUCAAUAACACUACGAAUUUCAAAUUGAAGUGCAGUCCAUCUGCAUUAUUCCAAACUGUUCGGUGUGUUAUACCCAUGUGUUUUGAAUAAACCAGUCAUUCUUGAA